CCUCUCCUCUAACCAAGCAGCGUGCACAAUGUGUAACACAUGGCCUGCUGUGUAUCAAAACAUGUUACACAUCCAUUUGAAAAGUAACAAACUUCUCAGAUAAUGAAAAGGUUAAAUGGUCUGGUUGUAUUGACAUAGGAGGAAGGGCACUACACAUGGGAGCUCGUGGUGCUUCAGUGUAAAUUUGAAAUAGAACAGUGUUGUCCUCGGGUGAGCUCAUGUAACCAGACGGGCGGUGGCACGCUUACUUUACACUUUAAACAUUCACUCCGGGGUGACAGCGGCAUGUGUAAGACAUGCUAACCUCUGCUAGCUUUGGUGAAUGCUUAACAUCCAGCAUAAGGCAACGUGAACACUGUGACCUCGCCCCGCUCAGCAGCUCCGGUGUGCACGGUGAAGUAAAAUGAGCGCCCUCCAGUGCACCACGUUAGCUUGCACUGCUAGCAGCAAGAGGAGCAGACGAGCCUUCAAAACGGGGACGGGGAUGUGUUCUGACUUUAUCUGCCACGACGCAUGUGAUUUUUCUAAAUGUCCAUGGAAACAGCUGACUAAAGGUCGACAGCUACCGCACCAGAUUUCCAUUUGUAACAAUUAUCUAGAGGAAGCAGAGCUGGAAAUUCGCUUGGAUUUUACCUUUUCCUGUGUUAAUAGCUCCACAAGUCAUAUGCUGAUGACCACACCCGAAGCCAAUCCUGCGUUGUGAGUCAGUAGAGGAGAAGCGGGGCUGAUGACAAGCAUGACAUUGAGCCAAGCCGCAGAUGCAUGCGCACUCAAAAGGCCCAACUGAGCGCCAACCCCUCUGCUCCACGGCUUUCAACCAGUCGCUCAGAGGGGGGGGUGUUGACGGGGCGUAGCUAGUCCCCUGCACCCCCAGGUAGAAACUGGAGGUCUCUGAUGGAUCAGGGUAGUAGUGAGCUGAGUCCAGAGGAGCCGGACGCGGGAGGCCGAGCGGAGACGGAGGUCGGCAGGAGGGCGUCGGAGUCAGAGCACGGCUUGUCCAAAAUCACCCAUAAUGCCCUGGAGAACAUGGGAGCGUUGGGCCAUGGCCUGAAGCACUUCUUCCAGCCACAGCGCCGACGCUCCUCCGUUUCCCCACAUGACUCCGUCUCUACCUGCACAGGCGCCCCUCCCUCCGAACCCACUGAAGUAGGGUCAGAAGUAGGGGAUGCUCCUGCCAGCUCGGCCCUCCCUUUGGAUUCUGACAACCCUGCCGCUUCCGUCCCUCCUGCAGCUCUGAGCCGUGUUCUGCAGCAGAUCCGAGGUGCUCCACCGAUGAUGAAGAGAGGCACCAGCCUGCAGAGCCGCCGCAGCAAGGUGGGGGGCCCCGGGGAUCCUCCCCAAAAAGGUAGCCCUCAGAUCCACCGACGCAGCACCCAUGAAGCCCUGCUGCAGGCUGGGCGCCCACGCUCUUCCUCGACCACGGAUACACCCAGCAGCCCAGCCCUGGUUGACAUGCUGCUAACAUCUGGUUACCACUCAACUGAGGAGCCUGACAAGCUGGAUCGUUAUGAUGGAUCGGGCCCUGCUGUGUCGCCCAACGCCCUCCCUUACGGUGCAGAUGGAUAUGAUGUAGUUGACAGUACUCCAGACCCCCAGCGAACGAAGCAGGCCAUUGCCCAACUACAACAGAAGAUUCUUAAGCUCACGGAACAAAUCAAAAUCGAACAAACAGCACGUGACGACAAUGUGGCCGAAUACCUGAAACUCGCUAAUAAUGCAGACAAACAGCAGAGUGCACGCAUCAAACAGGUGUUUGAGAAGAAGAACCAAAAGUCAGCGCAAACCAUCCAGCAACUGCAGAGGAAGCUGGAGCAUUACCACCGAAAGCUUCGAGAGGUGGAGCACAAUGGCAUCCCUCGGCAGCCCAAAGAUGUUUUCCGAGACAUGCACCAGGGGCUGAAAGAUGUUGGAGCCAAGGUGACAGGUGGUCUCUCCAGUUUCUCUCAAGCCACUCACUCUGCAGCUGGAGCUGUUGUGUCUAAGCCGAGAGAAAUCGCCUCCCUCAUCCGCCACAAGUUUGGCAGUGCUGAUAACAUUUCAGCCCUGAAAGAUUCCUUGGAUGAAACCCAGGGGGAUGAAGGUGUUGGUCCUGGGGGAACGAGGACCCUUGGGACAGGACAGUUGCAGUCCAGCCCAAAGUAUGGCAGUGAUGAAGACUGUUCUAGCGCCACUUCUGGCUCCGCUGGAGCCAACAGCACGACUGGGGCCCCUGGAGGACCUCCUAGCUCCAAGGGCAAUACACUUGAUCAUGCCCAGGCCUCUGGCUUUGACGCUAUACUCCAUGAGAUCCAAGAGCUGCGGGAUAACCAAGGUCGGCUCGAGGAGUCAUUUGAAAACUUGAAAGCCCAUUAUCAGCGCGACUAUACGAUGAUCAUGGAGGCCCUGCAAGAGGAAAGAUACAGGUGUGAACGAUUAGAAGAGCAGCUCAAUGACUUGACUGAACUCCACCAGAAUGAAAUUCUGAACUUGAAACAGGAACUAGCCAGCAUGGAGGAGAAGAUUGCAUACCAGUCUUACGAAAGGGCGAGAGACAUUCAGGAGGCGCUCGAGGCAUGUCAGACACGUAUCUCCAAGAUGGAGCUGCAGCAGCAGCAACAGCAGGUGGUGCAGCUCGAGGGUUUGGAGAACGCCACAGCUCGGACUCUACUUGGAAAACUAAUCAAUGUGCUGCUAGCUGUUAUGGCAGUGCUUUUGGUGUUUGUGUCCACAGUGGCCAAUUGUGUCGUCCCCUUGAUGAAAACACGCAGCCGCACGCUUUCUACAUUGCUCCUCGUAAUCCUCCUCGCCUUCCUCUGGAGGCACUGGGAUGCUAUUUCAGAGUAUCUGCAUCACUUUCUCUUGCACCCCAGAUGACCGGCUUGAAGAGGCAUAUUUUAAUAAUGAAGGGACAGAGGGUUUGGGGCUGAUGUGUAAAAGGAGGACAUGGACUCGUACAGGGAGUUGAAACUCAAUAGUCCUAGCUUUUCUUCCUCUUGAGCAGCUUCUCAAUACACUCAGGAGGAUUGCAUCAGAGGUUUGUCACUUUAUCACUUUCUGAAAUGCGUUUUGAGAAGAAUGAAACAGAGAAUAAGGUGGCGAAAAGGCUUGAUGUUUGGUAUUGAUUUGCUACCAUUGGUGCAAUUGGGGCACAAGCACAUACAGUAAAAGGGUGAACGGGGCAUAGCUGAAGUAUAAGCAGAGAGAACUGCACACUUGAUUUCUCUCUUCUGAGUGAAUUUGUUUACAUGUGGAAAACUUUGCAUUGUUUCCCCACAGAAGAAAUUGUAAUUCAGUUUUAUUACUUUUUGAGCUGAUUCAAGUGGUAUUGUUUUGAAGUCGAUGCUAUUUUUAAUACAACUGAUUGAUGGCUUUUUAUUUUAUUUUAACUGUUAUGAGCCGUUCUGCUGAUUUAAUUGUCCACAUUCUCUUUUUGUGAGUUCUCUCUCUUCUGGUCUUGCCAUUCUGUUUUUUUCACUCUGCUCUUUAUUUCUCCUUUUUACUUAGUCUUUUGAAAUUUCAGCUUGUGUGACCAACUCUUCCUCUUCCUGCUCACUACACUCUGGAGAAUGGGGUGCUUGCACAUCAGCUGCAUUGCUCUGGAAACAGACUUGUCACUGGAUCAAACAGUCGGUUCUCAACUUGUUUCUUUAUGGAUGUGUGAAGUCAGUAACACUGGUUCUGCCACAACCAGGAUAUAACUCUGGAGAACUUUCAUUUGGAAUUGUGACCCUGCCCUCUUGGUCAACUGGAUCCCACUGUCCUGGUGGACUUUCCACUGGAGAAGAAUAAUCUAUGAGAACUUAAAUAACAUACUUGAAGAGCAGUUAAAGUGCUCAAAGACUCAGUGCUUCCGUACUGUUUCUAUUAGUGACAAUGAAAUAGUAAUACUUUUUAGUUGAUUUUUUUAUUUUUUAAAAGACAAAUAAAUUUGCUGUUUUAAAAGGUGAAA